AUGUCGGAUCAGAGUUGGAAUUCAUCAAGCUCUGACGAGGAUGUGGAACCCGAGUUAGGACAGUCUGACGAGUCGACUGGUACGCUCAGUAAGUGGACCAACUAUAUUCACGGAUGGCAGGACCGCUUGGUAGUGUUGAGCAACAACUCCUUGAGCUACUACAAAUCGGAGGACGAGCGAGAGUAUGGCUGCAGAGGAUCGCUCUGUCUCAAAAAGGCUGUUAUCACGCCUCACGAGUUUGACGAAUGCCGUUUUGACAUUUGCGUGAAUGACAGUAUCUGGUACUUGCGGGCCGAAAAUCCAGAACACAGGGAUCAAUGGAUCAAAGCUAUCGAAGAUCACAAGACUGAAUCAGGCUACAGUUCAGAGAACGGUCUCCGCCGCCAUGGCUCCAUGGUGUCUGUUACAUCCACCACCAGCGGCUUCUCCACCACCUCCACCUCGUCCUUUAAGAAAGGGCACAGGCUCAGGGAGAAGCUGGCAGAGAUGGAAACCUUCCGGGAUAUUCUGUGCAGACAGGUGGACACUUUGCAGAGGUACUUUGACACCUGCGCAGACGGAGACUGCAGAGACGAGUUCCAGAGAGACAGAGUGGAUGACGAUGUGGAGGACUUUACCUCAUCCCGACCAGACGGAGAUUACCUACUCAGCAGUAACGGCAGCAAGGAGAAGCUGUUCCCACUGUCCAACUCUAAAGAGCUAAACGGCAUUGAUUUCAAAGGAGAGGCCAUCACUUUUAAGGCCACCACGGCAGGGGUCCUGUCCACGCUGUCUCACUGUAUAGAGCUCAUGGUUAAGCGGGAGGAGACGUGGCAGAAACGCCUAGACAAGGAAAUGGAGAGGAGGCGAAGGGCUGAGGAGGCCUACAAGUCUGCCCUUUGUGAACUGAAGAAGAAGUCACACUACGGAGGACCAGAUUACGAGGAAGGACCAAACAGCCUUAUCAAUGAGGAUGAAUUCUUUGAUGCUGUUGAAGCAGCUCUGGACAAACAAGACAGGAUCGAGGAGCAGUCACAGUCAGAGAAAUGCAGGACAACCCGAACAAUACCAGUGACUCCUGGAGACAACUUCUCAUCAGUCAGCACACACAGAUACUCCAUCAAGCUCCAUAGUCACACUUCUUCCUUGUCUUCUCUUGACCUUGUCAGUGCUUCAGACGAUGUUCACAGAUUCAGCGCUCAGGUGGAGGAGCUGGUUAACAAUCACAUGACCUACUCCCUGCAGGAUGUGGGUGGAGAUGCCAACUGGCAGCUGCUGGUUGAGGAGGGAGAAAUGAAGGUUUACCGGAGAGAAGUGGAAGAGAAUGGUGUUGUGCUGGACCCCCUCAAAGCCACACAUGCAGUCAAAGGCGUUACUGGCCACGAAGUCUGUCACUAUUUCUGGGACACAACCUUUCGCAGUGACUGGGAGACGACAGUCGAGAGCUUUAAUGUGGUGGAGACAUUAUCUGACAAUGCAGUUAUUGUCUACCAGACACAAAAGAGGGUAUGGCCCGCCUCUCAGAGGGAUGUUCUUUAUGUAUCAGCGAUUCGUAAAAUCGUCUCCACCAAUGAGAAUUAUCCAGAUACAUGGCUUGUGUGCAACUUUUCAGUGGAUCAUGACAAUUACCCGAUCUCAAACAGAUGCAUCCGUGCCAAAAUCAAUGUGGCAAUGAUCUGUCAGACCAUGGUCAGCCCACCAGAGGGUGAUAAGGAGAUCAGCAGAGACAACAUCCUCUGUAAAAUUACAUAUGUGGCCAAUGUCAACCCAGGAGGCUGGGCACCUGCCUCUGUCCUGCGGACUGUGGCCAGAAGGGAGUAUCCAAAAUUUCUGAGGCGUUUCACGUCCUAUGUUCAAGAGAAGACCAGUGGGAAUCCGAUCCUAUUCUAA